CUUAUAUUGUCACACUUUAAGCAGUCCGGGUUUAUGAAUAGGACAGUUGUUAUCUAACAUAUUUGUAUGUUUUGUUAGUGUAAUAUUUAAUAUACAGUGUGGUGUUUUAACCUCGCUGUCCACAGAGGAGCACAGUAAGAUGUUCUCCGUGCAGCAUGUUCCUUCCCUCUGAGGAGUCUUGGUCCAGCUCAGAGCAGGAUGCCGGCUGAUGGGAACCAGUCGUGUCUGACGGUGGCAGAGGACACGUUCUCCCUCCUGGUGUGUGUGUUGCAUGCCUGGCAGGACUGGGCGGGGCUGGGUGACCUGGAGGACUACCUGAGUGUUCUGGAGUACCUGCUGUGGGUCUUCACCCCUCUGGCCAUCGUCUUCAUCCUGCCCUUCCUCAUCGUCAUCCUGCUGUACCUCUCUAUACUCUUCCUCCAUGUCUACAAGAAGAAGAACCAGCUGAGGGAAGCGUACUGCAACAACCUGUGGGACGGAGCCAGGAAGACCCUGGCCACGCUGUGGGACGGACAUGGAGCCAUCUGGCACGGUUAUGAGAUCCAUGGGAUGGAGAAGAUUCCUGACAAAGGACCAGCGCUGAUAGUUUACUAUCACGGAGCCAUUCCCAUAGACUACUAUUACUUUCUUGCCAACGUUAUCAUCCAAAAGGGACGGCCCUGCCACUCUGUAGCGGACCACUUCCUCUUCAAGAUCCCAGGUUUCAAGUUACUGUUGGAGGUGUUCAGUGUGAUCCACGGUCCCCAGGAGGAAUGUGUCCGAGCUCUGAGGAACGGUCACCUGUUGGGGAUUUCUCCAGGUGGAGUGCGGGAGGCUCUGUUCAGUGAUGAGACCUACCCUCUUCUCUGGGGAAACCGCAAAGGCUUCGCCCAGGUCGCCAUCGACUCUCAAGUGCCAGUAAUUCCCAUGUUUACUCAAAACUUGCGGGAAGGCUUCAGAUCUCUGGGAACACUCAGGUUUUUUCGCUGGGUGUAUGAGAGGUUUCGUCUUCCUGUAGCUCCCAUUUAUGGUGGAUUUCCUGUAAAGUUUCGGACCUUCCUUGGCGAUCCCAUCCCAUAUGACCCAAACAUUAACGCUGCAGAGCUGGCAGAGAAAGUGCAGCAGGCGGUUCAGUCUCUGAUAGACCGACACCAGAAGAUCCCAGGAAACGUCCUGAGAGCCUUGUUGGAGAGAUUUCACUAAGACCACUAACAGCAGCAGUACAGGAACAGAGACAAACUAUCCUGUGUGGGACCAAACGUCACAUUGGGCUCUGAUUGCUGCAGUGUGAGCAGGUUUGGAGGCCUAACAUGUUGGAAUAUUUGCACAGCUUUGAAACAGCACAGCCUGCAGCUGCUGAGGUUCCUUUUACAUAAAUGUUCUUUGUAUCGCACAUUUCUGAUAUGUUUCCUUGUGUAUAAUGAUGAAUCUAUUUAAAGCUAGACUUCCUGAAGUUGUGAUAUUUGACUUGACCAUCUUGACCAAUCAUACCUCCAAAACAAUAAAUGUAAAGAUAAUUAUUUUUUUCCAAUACUGACAUUCACAGUAUCUAGUUUCUUUUGUUCUGACAUCUUUGCCUUAAGUAAUUACUAUAUGGUUUGUUAAAUUGAACCUCAGGGCUGAUCUGGGGGCUGAUUAGUUGAUAUGUAUACAUACAUGGGAUUCUUGCAAUUUUGUUAUUGUCAAUUGUGAUAUUUGUAAAUUUUCGUCAACAAGAGAUUGAUAAUGUUGGGAAGUCAAUAAAUUUGCUUGCCUAUACAUGCCUAUACAUGUCAGUGACUAUGAAGACAGUUAUUAAUAUUAAUAAUAAUUAAUAACAUUUUAUUUAUAGGCACCUUCUCAUCAGUCAAGGUCACCAACAAAUAAUAAAUAACAAAUAAUAAUUGAACAAUUUAGUAACAGAAUGGGGAUGUAAUAUGUGAUUUUCAGCGAGUGGGAGUGUUGACCUGAAGGAGUUCAGUCGGGUACGGAGGAGCGAGGUGGUGGAUGGCCUUGAAAAUGAGAAGCAGGAUUUUGUCGUCUGUGCCGUAUUUGACAGAAAGCCAGCGAUGUUGCUUGAGUAGCUGCUGCAGCGUUCUGAACCAGCUGAAGUUUGUGGAUGGAUUUUUUUUUGGAGACCAAAGAGCAGGGAGUUACAGAGAUCAAGGCGAGA